AUGUCUAGAGCACUUAGGGCCAGAAAUAAACUUGGGUUUGUAGAUGGUUCUUUUCAGAAAACAAAGGUAGAUGAGUCUAAAAGUUCUAAAUGGGAUAGAGCCAAUGUUGUAGUCUGUUCUUGGCUUUUGUCAUCCAUAUCAGAUUCCAUCUAUCAGAGUCAAGCUUAUUCAGAUGUUGCUGAGGAUAUUUGGAACAAUCUUUUUGAAACCUAUAAUAAGUCAGAUGGAUCUGUUGUUUUUAACAUUCAUCAACAGAUUAAUUCCUUGAAACAAAAUGGUAUUUCACUAUCAGACUACUUUAAUAAACUUGACUCUCUUUGGAAGGAAUUUGAUGGUCUUACUAGUCUUACUGAGUGUAAAUGUGAAGCAUCUGUUAAACUUAAGGACCAUUCCAAUCUUAUGAAACUUAUGCAGUUUCUUAGUGGUCUAGAUGAUUCAUAUAUUCAAGUCAAGAGUCGUAUUCUUCUUAUGGAACCCUUACCUAAUGUCAAAACUGCAUUUUCUAUAUUGUCUAGAGAAGAGUCUCUUCAAAGAAAUGGUUCUUUGACUUCUCUUCAGUCUUCUAAAUCUCAACCUACUGCUUUUAAUAGUAGGUUUAAUAAUAGGUUUAAUUCAAACAAUUCUAAUAGGAAUAAAAAUCAGGUAGUACAACGCAAGAAUUGUGGUAUUAAAGGGAGUUCUAAUGCUCCUGUCUUAUCUGAUGUUGUUGGAGACUCUGAGCUUCAUCAGCUCACUAAGGAACAAUACAUGAAGUUUUUGCAACUAAUAAAUGAUAAACAAGUUAAUGAGGAAGCACCUGCGAGUGCUAAUGUCACACCCCGAAAACCGAAGGCGGAAACAUUUCCAGGACGGACUCUACGUUGA